AUGUUCCAAUUGUUUCUAACGCGACUGAUUAGCCAACUGUCAUGGCGCCAUGCACGGCCCCAUGGGACAAUACCUUACACAUCACCUUGCCGACUUGGAGAUGUCUCGCACAAUUCUUCUGCCUUUUCUGACCGGCCUCCUAAACUACUUUACUUUCUUCUUCUUCUUCUUCUUCUUCUUCUUCUUCUUCUUCUUCUUCUUUAUCUACACAUAUUUCUUUCUCCUCUUUUGUCUUUUUUGCUUCUUUUGUUUAUUUUCCUCAUUGCUUUUAUCUUUUAUUUCAAUUUCUCUUUUCUUUUCUUAUGGUUCAUUUUCUUUCUUAUAUUUACUUUUUCAUCGAAAUUCUUUCCUGUAGCGCUCUUUCUUUCUUUCUUUCUUUCUUUCUUUCUUUCUUUCUUUCUUUCUUUCUUUCUAGUAUUUUAUUUUAAUGCUUUAUAUCCUUUCCCAUUGCGAUCAUUUACUAUAUUUCAUUAUAUUUUUCAUUCUCUCUUUCGAUCGUUUAAUUUAUUUUUUAUUUUCGUUAUUCAUUCAUUCAUUCAUUCAUCUAUUGUUUGUUUCUUUCUUUCUUUAUUUUAUUUUCUUUCUUUUUCUUUCUUUCUUUAUUCUUUUUUUAUUCCUUUCUUUCUUUCAUUCUUUCUUUCUUUUACUUAUUUUCUUUUUUUUUUCUUUCUGUCUUUCUUUUUUUCUUUCGAUUAUUUUCAUUUUCUUUCUUUCCUUCCCCAUUUGUCUGAUUUCCAUUCUUUCUUUCUUUCUUUCUUUCUUUCUUUCUUUUAUUCCUUGUCUUAUUUACAGUAUUUUCUUUCUUUUUCUUUCUUUUUAUUUCUUUCUGUCUUUCUUUCUUUUAUUUCCAUUAUUUUUUCAUUUUCAUUUUGUUUCUUUCGUUUUUCUUUCUUCCUUUCGCCAUUUGUCUUAUUUCCAUUCUUUCUUUCUUUUUUUUCUUUCUUUCUUUUCUAUUAUUUUCUUUCUUUCAUUUUUUGUUUUCUCUUUUCUCACUUUCUUUCUUUCUUUCUUUCUUUUUUCUUUCCUUUAUUUUCUUUUAUUUAUAGUAUUUUCUUUCUUUUUAAAGUUUUCUUUCUUUCUUUUAUUUCCAUUAUUUUUCAUUUUCAUUUUAUUUAUUUUUUUUUCUUUCUUCCUUCCUCAUGUUUCUUAUUUCCAUUCUUUCUUUCUUUCUUUCUUUAUUUCUAUUAA